AUGAAUUUGAAGGACUUGAACAAUGUGAAGCAGAUGGUGGUUUCGGGAUCGAAAGGUUCGUUCAUCAAUAUUUCACAAAUGUCUGCAUGUGUGGGUCAACAAAUCGUUGAAGGUAAACGUAUUCCUUUCGGUUUUGCCGACAGGUCUUUGCCUCAUUUCACCAAGGACGAUUAUUCUCCUGAAUCAAAGGGAUUCGUUGAAAACUCGUACUUGCGUGGUUUGACUCCCCAAGAAUUCUUCUUCCACGCUAUGGCUGGUAGAGAAGGUCUUAUCGAUACUGCCGUCAAGACUGCCGAAACCGGAUACAUUCAACGUAGAUUGGUCAAGGCAUUGGAGGACAUCAUGGUGCAUUACGACGGUACAACGAGAAACUCCUUGGGUGAUAUCAUUCAAUUCGUUUAUGGAGAGGACGGUGUUGAUGGAACUCAAGUGGAGUCUCAAUCGGUGGACGUUAUUCCUGGAACCGACGAAUCCUUCGAACGCAGAUACAGAGUUGACCUUUUAGACCCUGAAAAGUGCAUCCGUGAUUCUUUGUUAGAGUCAGGAAAAGAGGUCAGAGGUGACGUGAAUUUGCAAAGAGUUCUUGAUGAGGAAUAUGAGCAGCUUUGCAAUGACCGUCGUUACUUGCGGGAAGUCUGUUUCACUAACGGUGACUAUACAUGGCCAUUGCCUGUGAACUUGCGUCGUAUAAUCCAGAACGCACAACAACUUUUCCAUGGCGGCCGUCAUAAAGCGUCCGAUUUGAGAUUGGAAGAGAUAGUUGAGGGUGUCAAGGAACUUUGCAAAAAAUUGCUUGUCCUCAGAGGUGACUCACCUUUGGUCAAGGAAUCGCAGGAAAAUGCUACCCUUCUUUUCCAAUGUCUUGUAAGAUCAAGACUUGCCACGAGAAGAGUUAUAGAGGAGUUCAGAUUGAACCGUAUGUCUUUCGAGUGGGCCAUGGGUGAGAUCGAGACCCAAUUCCAAAAGUCUCUUGUACACCCCGGAGAGAUGGUGGGAGUCAUUGCUGCCCAGUCUAUUGGAGAACCUGCCACUCAAAUGACGUUGAACACUUUCCAUUAUGCUGGUGUUUCUUCUAAGAACGUUACGUUGGGUGUCCCUCGUUUGAAGGAGAUUCUUAAUGUGGCCAAGAACAUUAAGACCCCCGCGCUUACGGUGUAUUUGGAAAAGGACAUAGCUGCAGACAUCGAGAAGGCUAAGGUGGUUCAAUCUGCUAUUGAACAUACCACUUUGAAGAAUGUUACUGCAUCCACGGAGAUUUUCUAUGAUCCAGAUCCUCGAAGCACUGUUCUCGAGGAGGAUUACGACACUGUCGAAGCUUAUUUCGCCAUUCCCGAUGAGAAGGUUGAAGAGUCUAUCGAGAAGCAAUCACCUUGGUUGUUGCGUCUUGAGUUGGACAGAGCCAAGAUGUUGGACAAGCAAUUGACAAUGGCCCAAGUCGCUGAAAAGAUCUCGCAGAACUUUGGUGAAGACUUGUUUGUGAUUUGGUCUGAUGAUACCGCUGACAAGUUGAUUAUUCGUUGUCGUGUUGUUCGUGAUCCAAAGUCCUUGGAUGAGGACGUUGACGCCGAAGAAGAUCAAAUUUUGAAGCGGAUUGAAGCACACAUGUUGGAGUCCAUCUCAUUGCGUGGUAUUCAGGGCAUUACUAGAGUAUUCAUGAUGCAACACAAACUCAGUUUACCAGAUGAGACAGGUGAAUUCAAGCAGGGACAAGAGUGGGUGCUUGAAACAGAUGGUGUGAACUUGGCAGAUGUUAUGGCAGUACCUGGAGUAGAUGCGAAGAGAACCUAUUCCAAUAACUUUAUUGAAAUUUUAUCAGUUUUGGGUAUUGAGGCUACCAGAUCUGCCUUGUUCAAGGAAAUUCUUAACGUCAUUGCCUUUGAUGGUUCGUAUGUGAACUACCGUCAUAUGGCUCUUUUGGUGGAUGUGAUGACUGCAAGAGGACACUUGAUGGCUAUUACAAGACAUGGUAUCAAUAGAGCCGAUACCGGCGCUUUGAUGCGUUGUUCGUUUGAAGAGACAGUGGAAAUCUUGCUUGAAGCUGGUGCAGCUGCAGAACUCGACGACUGUCAUGGUAUCUCUGAGAAUGUGGUUCUUGGACAAUUGGCACCGUUAGGAACCGGCGCAUUCGAUGUGAUGGUGGAUGACAAGAUCUUGCAAUCAUCUCCAUCGAACAUGAGUGUUCCAGUGGGUGCCGCGGAAGGAGCUGGAGCUUAUGCUGACGAUGGAGGUGCUACACCAUACAGAGAAUAUGAUAUGGAAGACGACAAGAUCCAAUUCGAAGAGGGAGCAGGUUUUUCACCAAUUCAUACAGCCCCUGUAUCCGAUGGUGCGGGUGCUUUAACUGCUUAUGGCGGACAACCAGGUUCACCUUCACCAACUUCACCAUUCGCUUAUGGAGCUACGUCGCCAGCUUAUGGUGGUGCCUCUCCUGGCUAUGGUGUCACGUCGCCAACCUAUUCACCAACGUCGCCAAGUUACAGUCCUACCUCUCCAAGUUACAGUCCUACCUCCCCAAGCUACAGUCCAACUUCGCCAAGUUACAGUCCCACGUCGCCAAGUUAUUCACCAACUUCGCCAAGUUACUCCCCAACUUCUCCAAGUUAUUCACCAACUUCUCCAAGCUACUCACCUACUUCGCCAAGUUACAGUCCAACUUCACCAAGUUACAGUCCUACUUCGCCAAGUUACAGUCCUACUUCGCCAAGUUACUCACCAACCUCACCAUCCUACUCACCUACUUUCGCCAAGUUACAGCCCAACUUCUCCAAGCUACUCGCCAACUUCACCAAGUUACUCACCAACCUCACCACUGUACUCGCCUACCUCGCCAAGUUACAGUCCUACAUCUCCAUCCUACUCACCAACUUCGCCAAGUUACUCGCCAAACGUCGCCCAGUUACUCACCAACUUCCCCACAGUACUCACCUACUUCCCCAGCCUACUCACCCACGUCACCCCAGUACUCACCAAACUCACCACAAUACUCGCCUCGUUCGCCGCUGUAUUCCCCAGACCAGAAUGACGACAAGGACAAAAAACAGUAAAAUACUUGUAUAA